GGCUCUGAUUGGCGACCCUGCCUCUUGCAAAAGUGGCACUUCAGCGCAGACACAGAGACACGUGCACUUUGCGUCUCUCGCGUUUGCCUUUGGCGGUGCGGACGCCGGGUUCGUUUGUGCACCAUGCGCAGGGCUGUCUUGGCUCUCGCGGCGUGCACGUCGACGGCGCUGAUGCCUCCCGUCGGGCCCAGGAGGGCGGACGUCGCGCUCCGGGCCGAGCGCGUCAACUACUACAACUCGUUGACGCAAGCCGAGAAGCUCGACCAGCUGGGCCGCUGCCGCUUCAUGGAGCGGUCCGAGUUCGCGGACGGCUGCGCCUGCCUCGAGGGCAAGAAGGUCGUGAUCGUGGGCUGCGGCGCGCAGGGCCUGAACCAGGGCCUGAACAUGCGCGACUCCGGCUGCGACGUCAGUUACGCGCUGCGGCAGGUCGCCAUCGACCAGAAGCGGGCGUCGUUCGUGAACGCGCAGUCGAACGGGUUCGCGGUCGGGACCUACGACGACCUGAUCCCGACGGCGGACCUCGUGUUGAAUUUGACGCCGGACAAGCAGCACACGUCCGUCGUCAACGACGUGAUGCCGAAGAUGAAGAAGGGCGCCACUCUGGCGUACUCGCACGGCUUCAACAUCGUCGAGGAGGGCAUGAACGUCCGCGACGACCUGACGGUGAUCAUGGUCGCGCCGAAGUGCCCCGGCACCGAGGUACGGGAGGAGUACAAGCGCGGCUUCGGCGUGCCGACGCUCAUCGCCGUGCACCCGCCGAACGACCCCGAGGGCAAGGGCUUCGCGCAGGCCAAGGCGUACGCGAGCGCGACGGGCGGCGACCGCGCCGGCGUCUUAGACUCGUCGUUCGUGGCCGAGGUGAAGUCGGACCUGAUGGGCGAGCAGACGAUUCUCUGCGGCAUGCUGCAGACCGGCUCCGUUCUGUGCUUCGACAAGAUGAUCCAGCAGGGGAUCGACGCGGGCUACGCCUCGAAGCUGGUCCAGUACGGCUGGGAGACGAUCACCGAAGCGUUAAAGUUCGGCGGCGUCACCGGCAUGAUGGACCGCCUCGACAACCCGUCGAAGAUCAAGGCGUUCGAGCUCAGCGAAGAGCUCAAGGGCAUCAUGAGCCCGUUGUACGCGAAGCACCAGGACGACAUCAUCAGCGGCGCGUUCUCGCGGGGGAUGAUGGCGGACUGGGACAACGACGACGCCAAUUUGCUCAAAUGGCGCGCCGCGACCGCCGAGACGGGCUUCGAGAAGACGCCGGCCGGUUCGCAGGACAUCUCGGAGCAGGAGUAUUUCGAUAAUGGGGUGUUGAUGGUGGCCAUGGUCAAGGCCGGCGUCGAGCUCGCCUUCGAGAAGAUGACCGCCGUCGGCAUCAAGGCCGAGUCGGCGUACUACGAGUCGCUGCACGAGACGCCGCUCAUCGCGAACACGAUCGCGCGCAAGAAGCUCUUCGAGAUGAACAACGUCAUCUCCGACACGGCCGAGUACGGCUGCUACCUCUACGACCAGGCCUGCGCGCCUUUGCUGGGCGACUUCAUGUCCAAAGUGGACCCCACGACGAUCGGUGCCAAGUUCAACAACGGAGACAACGGCGUCGACAACGCGAAACUCGUGAACGUCAACGCCGCGAUCCGGGCGCACCCCGUCGAGGUCGUGGGCCGCGAGCUUCGGGGCUACAUGUCGGACAUGGAGUCGAUCUCGGUCGGCGACGCGGCCGCCGUCGCCGCGCGCGCGGCGGGGCUCGAGUGGGCCGCGACGUCGAACCAGGCCUAGGUAGAAGCGCCGGCGGCGCGCGCACUUUAAGAAGAGAAAGAUACGGGGCGCCCCUCCUCGAGCC